AUGCAACCCAAUUUUUUUCAGGAUAUCGAUCAGUGCAAAGAAGCGUGUCGUCAGUUCGAUUGUGCCGCAGUGAAUCUGUUCCAGUUGGGCGAAUUCGCAUUCAAGUGUGAGAUUCUCGGCACAUUGUACGGAAUGAGUCCAGCCACUGGAUCUGCAUGCUACUACGCGUCAGACGUGGCUGGAGGCUUAGGAGGUCUAGGAGGCCUCGGAGGCCUCGGAGGACUAGGAGGUUACGGAGGUCUGGGAGGCAUGGGAGGUUAUUACGGUGCUUAUGGACGACGACGAAAGUAA